ACGCUUGUUGGUGUAGGUAGGAUUUACGCUGCUCGUUUUAGGUGACUGUACUAUGUGGCCUGUUCCUACUAAUUCAGAGUAGCGAUUCAUUAAAAUGUCGCACAAUUUCAGAUAAAUCUGUUCUGGAACAGCACGAACUGGAAACACGCUCUACGAAAUUCACUUAUAUGUGAAAUUACCAGCACAUUAUUCCGCACUGUCACAUAACAUCGAUUAUGGCUGCUUCGAAUUGCUCCCUGAAGAUAAAUAGACAACUACUGGAUCCCAACUUUGAGAGCUAUCGAUUGUCUUUGGACCCUUUGCCAUCUUACAAAAUACAGUUGGAUGCUGCUGUGGCAGAAGUAAAAUUGGAGGACCACCAGUACACUUUGGAUCAUGUCCGUGCCUUUGGCAUGUACAAUUACCUGCAUUUGGACCCCUGGUAUGAGGACAGCAUUUACUUCAUUGACUGCAUGGGCAGGGUGCUAAACCUCACUGUAACUCUGGACACAGCGCUGGGGAAGCCCCGGGAAGUGUUCUGCAUGCCCUCAAACCCAAACUUAUGUGAGAGCCGUCUGUGUGCCUCUCUCAGCCUCACCUCUGCCACCUGGGCAGCACUGUCCGAUGGCACGGGCAGACUGUAUCUCCUCAGGACUGGCAGGAGGGAUGAAGGAGCCCUCAGCAGGUGGGAGCUCCUGUUCAGUGAAAGUAUGGGAGAGCCAUUCAUCAUUGUUCACAGCCUCUCCCAUGUCCAUGCUGGUGUCGAAUCAGUGGAGCUUCUGCUGCUGCGCAUUCAAAAGGACCAAUCGGAGGCCAAGGGAAGUGGCUUCUCUGUGUUCUUGGAGUGGCUGACAGUCACCAGUGCCAGAGGACAUGACGAAGAGCAGAGGCACAAGGUGAGGAAGAGGAGGCUUCUGCAGGGUAAGUCUGUCCCUGACUACGCUGCAGUGGAGCCACAGGGCCAGGGGCUCAUGGUGGCCUCUGAGAAGCCCUUCAGAUUCACACACGUUGAUGGAGAACCACUGGAAAAUUCUGCCUCAGAGGCCAUGGAGCUGGAUGAAAAAACAGAGCCUGUCUAUUUUUGGCAGCAAACAACAGAGGACAUCACCGUGACAGUGCGCCUCCCAGAAGACAGCACUAAAGAUGUGGUGGAUUUCAGACUCUCCCCAGACAACCUGACUCUUGGGGUUCAGGGGCAUACCCCUCUAUUAGAAGGCCAGCUGCAUGCUCUGGUGGACCCCACAGCCAGCACCUGGAACUUUCAGGAUGACCAAAGCCUGGAAGUCUUCCUGCAGAAAAAGACCAAAGGACCAAUGUGGCCACAGCUGCUUAUUGGGGACAGGGGGGAGGAGUUUGUGAUGAAUGAGAGACUGACUGAUGAAUGCAUCAGUGCAGCAGAGCUGAAUGACAAUACAGAGAAGGGUAAACCACCAUGUAAUGUCCAGGAAUUGGAGGACUGCGACACCUUCCCUGGGGACAGCUCAAGCCUGAUGCGAUUUGAUGAAAAGACGCUGAAACCUACGCAUGUGGUGAAUCUGGGAAGCCACCAGUUCCUGUUUACAUUGGCUGUCAGCCCGUCGGAGAUGCCAUGUUUCUGUUUGCGGCAUGAUGUAGAUGCUUUGCUGUGGCAGCCCCGCCCAGAUCAGACAGACAGCAUGUGGGAGCACAUUGCCACCUUCAAUGCUCUUGGAUACAUCCAGGCUUCAAAACGUGAUAAGAAGUUCUCGACCUGCGCACCUAACUUCUCCUAUGCAGCCCUGGGCGAGUGCCUGCGGCGAGUGUUUAUCUACCGCCAGCCCUCCCCUGUUGAUACGGUGCUCUUCAACAGGAAGCAGGGCAGGCAGGUGGGGCAGGUCGCUAAGCAACAGGUUUCCAGCUUGGACUCCAAUGAAACAGUUCUGGGCUUCAGGGCCACCAAUGAGAGGCUCUUUGUCUUGAUCUCUAAUUACCUUUUUGUAUUGAAGGUAAAUAAUUAGAAUAGGCUACCUACACUUGCUCCCUCUUUCAUUCUACAGAGUUGCAGCUGUGCUUCCCACAGGGCGUAGUUCACCGAAUUCAGUGUCUGAGUGUGGAAGAACAAAGCAAUUUUUGUAAUGAAACUACAUUUUUAUAUAAUUUUGUAAAGGUGCAUAAAAUGCUUCUGUUAGGUCCUGGGCAUUCUGCCAUGGUAGAAACAAUGUAACUACUGCUCUUUACUGCAGUUGGAAUUAUUAUGUCAUAUACAAUAUUCUCAGGAACCAAGAAUAAAAUACUCAAAGCUUUGAAAUCCUGUAUCUGCUCUUCUAUAAAACAAUCAAGUGAUAAAGAUUAAUGCUUUUAAUACCAUAUCAGCCUUGUGUUAAUUAUAAAUGAAAAGCUAACUCAGAUUUAGUUAUGGGCCUCUCUGUGCAGAGACUUAACUGGAAAGCAGAGACUUACAUAACUACAUCAGCCAAACCACAUAUCAUCUCCCCUUUCCUCUGCCCUGCUGCUUAGAUAGGUGCUGGGUGUAUGUGGAGCCCCAGCUGUUGACAUCACUCUGUUUUGUUGUACUGCAAGUACAAAGUAAAAAAAGUACGCUCAAAUUCGCUCUUCUCACCUCUUCUCCGAAGCAGCUGUGGGAUAGGCUGCUGCUGAGCCCCCUCAUCACUUACUUUUAGAGUGCCUGAAUGCCAAAGCACUGUUUUCUCACUAUGUUACUAUGUUAUUAAGGCACUAUGAUUUACAUGGGAUACAUCACCAUAAAACAUAAUGGCUUGGACAGAGUCCAAACUGGCAAAAUCAUAUUGAGGAAAAGUGCUGUGAAAAUCAUAAAAAGAAUUCCAGCUCACUCUUACAUUAUCUUCAUAAUGCACCCAGGAAAUGGGAAAAGGUGUAGCUUGAAAUUUGGGGUCCACACGCUGGAGAUGGGAGCUUUCUUAAAGGGCAUUGACAAAAUAAUGAUUAUUUCCAGUUUCUGGUGUUAUAGUGCUUAUUGUCUUUAAAAAUGUAUCAUA